CUCCUCCAUUGAUAACCCGCUCUCCUCAUCGAUUCAACCCAGCGACGUCUUGGUGAAGGAGGAGGACAAAACCAAUCCAAAAACCUGCCUCUGAAGCUAAAGGGCGUUGGGCGCGAUGGCUAAUGCCUCCCCAGACCUGGACAACGCGGAAGCCCAGCGCCAGCUCAACAACAACAACCGACCAAUCGGCUCUGGGUUCUGGGAGACAGAGUGCACUAGCUCCAAGCUGUUCGAGUGCUCCCGCAUCAAGGCCCUGGCAGAUGAACGAGAUGCAGUGCAGAAGAAGACUUUUACAAAGUGGGUUAACUCUCAUCUGGCCAGAGUGUCCUGUCGCAUAUCUGACCUCUACAACGACCUGAGGGAUGGAUACAUGCUCACCAGACUGCUGGAGGUCCUCAGUGGAGAGCUGCUGCCGAGGCCUACACGAGGUCGUAUGCGGAUCCACUGCCUGGAGAACGUCGACAAAGCCCUGCAGUUCCUUAAAGAGCAGAGGGUCCACCUGGAAAACGUUGGUUCCCAUGACAUUGUGGAUGGAAACCACCGCCUCACCCUGGGCCUUAUCUGGACCAUCAUCCUUCGCUUUCAGAUCCAGGUGAUCAAAAUAGAGACAGAGGACAACCGAGAAACCCGCUCUGCCAAGGAUGCGCUGCUGCUUUGGUGCCAGAUGAAGACUGCAGGGUACCCUGAGGUCAACAUCCAGAACUUCACCACCUGCUGGAGAGACGGCCUUGCCUUCAAUGCCCUAAUACACAGACACAGACCUGAUCUAAUAGAGUUCCACAAGCUGACGCGGUCCAAUGCAACGCACAACCUGCAGCAAGCCUUUAACAUCGCCGAGCAGCGCCUGGGCCUCACGAAGCUCCUGGACCCUGAGGAUGUGAACACAGAGAACCCAGAUGAAAAGUCCAUCAUUACAUACGUGGUUUCCUACUACCACUACUUCUCAAAGAUGAAGGCUCUUAUUGUGGAGGGGAAGCGGGUUGGCAAGGUGCUAGACAACUGCAUCGAGACAGAGAAGAUUAUUAACCGCUAUGACACUCUGGCCUCGGACCUCCUGGAGUGGAUAGAGAAGACCAUCGCAGUCAUCAGCAACCAGAAGUUUGCCAACUCUCUGACCGGAGUUCAGCAGCAGCUUCAGGCAUUCACAACUUACUGCACUAUAGAAAAGCCCAUCAAGUUUCAGGAGAAGGGUAAUCUCGAGGUCCUUCUCUUCACCAUCCAAAGCAAACUCAGAGCCAAUAACCAGAAAUCCUACGUGCCUCAUGAUGGGAAGCUCAUCUCAGACAUUAACAAGGCCUGGGAGAGAUUGGAGAAGGCGGAGCAUGAGAGGGGUGUAGCUUUACGCAAGGAGCUGAUUCGCCAGGAGAAGCUUGAGCUGUUGGCUCAGCGCUUUGACCACAAAACCACCAUGAGGCAAGCGUGGCUCAAUGAGAAUCAGAGACUGGUGUCACAGGAUAAUUUCGGCUAUGACCUACCAGCGGUCGAGGCAGCGAUGAAGAAGCAUGAAGCCAUCGAGGCGGACAUAGCCUCGUACGAGGAAAGAAUCGGUGUGGUCGUGGAACUUGCCGCAGAGAUGGAGACGGAAGGAUACUACGAUAUCCGACGUAUCUCAGCACGUAAAGAAAAUAUCCUGGGCCAGUGGAGUCUGCUGAAGGAGCUGGUGGCUGGGAGAAGGACCCGGCUGGAGAAGAAUCUGGCCUUGCAGAAGACUUUCCAGGACAUGGUGUACAUGAUUGACUGGAUGGAGGACAUGCAGGUCCAGCUGCUCUCGAGGGACUUUGGGAAGCAUCUCCUGGAGGUGGACGACCUGCUGCAGAAACACGGCCUGCAGGAAGCAGAUAUCGCUGUGCAGGCUGACAGAGUGGAGACGCUCAACACUGCUGCACUCAAGUUCACCACAAUAGAAGGUUACCAACCGUGUGACCCACAGGUGAUCUGUAACCGUGUCAACCAUGUCUCUUCCUGUCUGGAGGAGCUGAAACACCUGGCGGCUAAAAGACGCGCCGAGCUCGAGGAGUCGAGAAAACUGUGGGCCUUCUUUCAGGAGCUGGAAGAGUCGGAGGCCUGGAUCAGAGAGAAAAGCUCCAUCCUGGGAACUCAGGGCUACGGGAAGGACCUGAGCAGUGUGCUGAGGUUACUACAACAACACAAGACUCUGGCUGGGGAACUGCUGGCUCACCGCUCACUGCUGCAGAACACCAUGAAGCGAGGGAAGCAGAUUCUGAGUGAGAAGAGCUUUGGCACCGCAGGGAUCCAGGAGCGCAUCAUGGAGGUUAAAGGCGAGUGGAAGAGGCUGGAGGACCAGGCCGCACAGCAUCUCAGCCACCUGCAGGAGGCGCUCAACUUCUUCCAGUUCUCCACGGAGACGGACGACGUCGUGGUCUGGCUGCAGGACGCUUACCGCCUGGUGUCCAGUGAAGACUUUGGACACGAUGAGUACUCCACUCAGUCGCUGCUGAAAAAACACAGAGGGGUCAGUGAGGCCAUCGAUAAGCAUCGCCUGCAUGUAGUGGCACUGCGCAAACACAUGGUGGUGCUGCCCCUGCGAUAUCGUGAACAGGAGGAGGUGCAGGUUCGUAUGGGAGAGGUGGAACAGCUCUACACAGAGGUCGCUGAAGUUGCAGUGCUCAGACAGCAGUGGCUUCACGACGCCCUCGCUGUAUACCGCAUGUUCAGCGAGGUCAACGCCUGCGAACUAUGGAUUGACGAGAAGGAACAGUGGCUGGAAAAGAUGGAGAUCCCAGAGAAACUGGAGGACGUGGAGGUCGUGGCACACAGAUUUGAGAGCCUGGACCAGGAGAUGAACAGCCUGAUGGGAAGGAUCCUGGAUGUUAAUCAGAUAGUUCAGCAGCUCCUGGAUGGAGGACAUCCAUCUUCCACAGAGGUCAGAGGUUGUCAAGACCACCUCAACUCCAGGUGGAACAGCAUUGUGGAGCUGGUUGAGCAGAAGAAAGAUCAGCUGGACUCGAUGUUACGUCUGCAGAACUACCUGCUGGAGUGUGCCGAGAUCAAGUCCCAGAUCCAGGACAAGAGGAAAGCCAUCGAUGCCACUCAGUAUGUGGGCAGCGAUUUGGGAGGAGUCCUCGCUCUGCAGAGACGCCUUUCUACUAUGGAGGGAGCCCUGUCUGUCCUGGAGCCCAAGCUACUGCACUUACAGGAAGAGGCAGAGCAUCUGGCCACCAGUCACCCGGUUCGGGCCAUGGAGGUUCUUGUGCAUUUUGAUGGCAUCAGCGUGGAGUGGGAGGAGCUCAAACGGACGCUGCAGGGAUGUGAGGACUCACUGAUGGUGGCCAGCAGGCUGCAGAGCUUCAUACAGGACCUGGAUUCAUUCCUCACCUGGUUGGUCCAGACGCAGACAGCCGCUGCCUCAGACCAGCUGCCCAAUGACCUGGAGGAGGCAGAGAAGCUCAUCAACGAGCACGCCGCUCUCAAGGAGGAGAUUGGACGGUAUGAAGAGGACUACGAGCGCCUGCAAGCCAUGAACGAGCUCCUGGAGUCCGAGGAGGCUCCUCUCCCUCAGGCCGCCCUGCAGCAGUGGCUCCAGAAGCUCGAUGUCGGCUGGAACAAGCUGCUGGAGAUGUGGGAAAGCAGGAGAGAAGUUCUGGUCCAGGCUCACAUUUUUCAUCUAUUCCUGCGUGACGUCAAACAGGCUGAAUCCUUCCUCAACAAUCAGGAGUCUGCGCUUGCUCACGUGGAGCUGCCCACCACAGUGGAAACAGUGGAAGCAGCUAUAAAGAAACACAAGGACUUCACCACCACCAUGGAGCUGAACCUGCACAGGAUUAAAGCUGUGAUUGAAGCAGGAGAAAGUCUGAUCAGCCAGAGCAACAUCUACUCUGAACGCAUCAGGGAGCGCAUCGACACCCUUGCCAACAGGGGGAACCAGAACCGAGAGCUGGCCCAGCAGUGGCUGGAAAAACUGAACGACCAGUGGGAACUUCAGAGGUUUCUCCAGGACUGUCACGAGCUGGGGGAUUGGGUGUGCGAGAAGAUGCUAAUGGCGAGGGACAGCAGCCGAGACGAGACCCAGAAGCUUCAUAAGAAAUGGCUGAAGCACCAGGCUUUUAUGGCCGAGUUGGCCCAGAAUAAGGAAUGGCUGGACAAAAUUGAAAAGGAGGGCCAGCAGCUGAUCCAGGAGAAGCCGGAGCUCAGCCUGGUGGUGCGGAAGAAGCUGGAGGAGAUCAGGGAGUGCUGGCAGGAUCUGGAGAGCACCACUCAGGCAAAAGCCCGCCAGCUUUUCGAAGCCAACAAGGCCGACCUGCUGGUGCAGAGUUACGAAAGCCUCGACCAGAGACUGGGCCAGCUGGAGGGUCGACUGGCCUACGUGGACCAGGGACAGGACCUUACCACAGUCAACAAGCAGCUCAAAAAGCUACAGACCAUGGAGACCCAGAUGGAGGAGUGGUAUAAGGAGGUGGGGCAACUUCAGGUGCAGGCGGCCUCCAUCCCGCAGCAGACGCAGGUAAAGGAGACGGUCGCCGGGCGACAGGCCGCCGUGGAGGCCAGGAUGGUGCGUUUGAUCGAGCCGCUGAAGGAGAGGCGACGCAUCCUGCUGGCAUCCAAGGAAGUUCAUCAAGUUGGACGAGACCUGGAGGACGAGAUUUUGUGGGUCCAGGAACGCCUCCCGAUGGCCAUGUCGCAGGAGCAUGGCUCGACUCUGCAGGCUGUCCAGCAGCUUAUGAAGAAGAACCAGAGUCUUCAGAGGGAGCUGCAGAGCCACAGGAGCAGAAUCGAAGAGGUCCUGGAGAGGGCGGGGAUCAUUGGCUCCAUACGCAGCCCCGAGGCCGACUGCAUCAGGGCCGGCCACGACCAGCUGUCCCAGCUGUGGGCUCUGCUUUGGGCCGAGACUGAGAGGAGGCAGCUGGUCCUGGACGCCAUGUACCAGGCCCAGCAGUACUACUUCGAUACAGCCGAGGUUGAGGCCUGGCUGAGCGAGCAGGAGCUGCAUAUGAUGAAUGAGGAGAAGGGGAAGGAUGAGCAGAGCACGCUGCAGCUGCUGAAGAAACAUUUGAUCCUGGAGCAGACCAUCGAGGACUACGCCGAGACCAUCGGCCUGCUGUCACAGCAGUGCCGACAGCUGCUGGAGAUGGGACAUCCAGACUGCGAGCAGAUCAGCAAGCGUCAGUCACAGAUUGACCGUCUGUACGUGUCUCUGAAGGACCUGGUGGAGGAGAGGAAGAGCCGUCUGGAGCAGCAGUACUGGCUCUACCAGCUCAACAGGGAAGUGGACGAGUUGGAGCAGUGGAUCGCUCAGAGGGAGGUGGUCGCCAGCUCACCUGAACUGGGUCAAGACUUUGAGCAUGUCACAGUCCUACAGGAGAAGUUUACAGAGUUUGCCUCUGAGACGGGCAGCGUGGGGCAGGAGCGAGUGACGGCCGUCAAUCAAAUGGUGGACGAGCUCAUCGACUACGGCCACUCAGAAGCAGCCACCAUCGCCGAAUGGAAGGACGGCGUGAACGAGGCCUGGGCCGACCUGCUGGAGCUCAUGGAGACCCGCACUCAGAUGCUCGCCGCCUCACACCAGCUGCACAAGUUCUUCUUCGACUGCAGAGAGGUUUUGGCGCAGAUCGAGGACAAACAUCGCCGACUGCCAGAGGUUCGGGCUCGGCAGAGCAGCACCGCCAACACCAGCACCCUGCAGAGACUCCUGCACAGCUUCGAGCAGGACAUUCAGCUGCUGGUCACACAGGUGCGUCAGCUGCAAGAGAGCGCGGCCCAGCUGAGGACGGUGUACGCAGGCGAGAAGGCCGAAGCCAUCGCGUGCCGUGAGCAUGAAGUGAUGCAGUGCUGGAAAGAGCUGCUGACGUCCUGCGAGGAGUGCCGGGUUCAGAUCACCACAGAGACGGACAAGCUGAGGUUUUUCGGCAUGGUCCGAGAUCAGAUCAUGUGGAUGGACUCGAUCAUCUGUCAGAUAGGGACAGGAGAGAAGCCCAGGGACGUGUCCUCAGUUGAGGUGCUGAUGAAUUAUCACCAGAGUCUAAAGAGUGAAGUCGAGGCUCGCAGCCAGAGCAUCCUGGAGUGUAUUGAAAUGGGAAAAACCCUGCUGGCUGCUAGAAACCCUGCAGCUGAGGAGAUCAAGGAGAAGCUGGACAAGGUGAUUGCUAAGGAGCGUGAGCUGUCUGAGAAGUGGGACAGGCACUGGGAAGUCCUACAGCAAUUGUUGGAGGUUCACCAGUUUGCCCAGGAGGCGGUGGUGGCGGAGGCGUGGCUGACUGCUCAGGAGCCGUUUAUCAACAGCAACGAGCUUGGAGGGAGCGUGGAUGAGGUGGAGCAGCUGAUUCGUCGACACGAAGCCUUCCGCAAAGCAGCUGCCACCUGGGAGGAGCGAUUCAGCUCACUGCGGCGGCUCACCACGGUAGAAAAGUUAAAAGCAGAGCAAAGCAAACUUCCCCCGACCCCCCUCCUGGGUCGUAAAGUCUUCCUGGAUCCCCAAGAUGCGUCUCAUAGUCCAGGCACUCUCCCACGCCUCCCGAUCUCACCCGUCAUGAGACAGACUAUCUAUGAACAGAAUGAAGCCAGCUCUCCUCCGUCUCCCUCGCCUGCUACCCCGACGCCUUCGCCGUCAUCUGUGGCUCGGCGCCUGGGGUCGACAGUCGCCAACUACACCCCUGUGAUGAACGGCUCCGGCUACCGUCACAUGCUGGAGGCCCGGGAUGGCGGCGUAGUGGGUGUGGCUGCAGGUCUAGGCCAGCCCGCUGCAUCCUCGAUUGCUUCUGUGGCCACGGCGGCAAUGCUAGUCUCAGCCAACCAGGCGCGAGAAAGUGCCAGCACGGCAAGGGAACAGUCGGCAAAGGUGAUGAGUCACCUGCAUCCAGCACAGGCAGCGAGGGAAAUGGAGGCAAAAUCCUCUCCGUAUCUCCGGCAACCCAAAAUCAAACACUUAGAUGAUGCUGUGACACCGCUGCUUGUGGCCAGCCGGCUGGAGAAAGCAAGAGAGAGAGGGAGGGAGAAAGAGAUGAUGAUGAUGGGGACAGAGAGAGCAGAGGUGGCCGUGAUGGCCGAGGUCGUGCUCCAGGAGCCGGGCCGGGAGCGUCUGCACAGCGAACCCACCAGAGGCCCUCGAGGAUCCAGGACCGACCCUUUGGGCCACGCAGAGCCCCAGGUCCAGACACACACCUAUCCCCACAGGAUAGAACGGCAGCUGUCCAGCGAGCAGCUAAUCCAGGCACGCAGAGAUGAGCUGCCUCAGGAGGUGUGGAGGGAACAUGCCGAGAGGCGGGAGAGACGGACGUUGGAAAGGCAAACGUCCAGCGAACAAGAGGGCCACGGAGGCCACGAGGGCCGGCGGAGAGAGAGGGACCGACACCGGCUGGAGAGACAGGAAUCCAGCGAGCGCGACACUGGGAAGGAGCAUUCGGACAGACGCUCAGGAGGAGGAGAAAAGAGGUCCACCAUGGCAGAGAUUGUAGAGCAGCUGCAAGAAAGAGAAGCAGCACAGGCCCGUGGUGAGGUGCCCCGACUGCCUAACGGGUUACCAGAAAAGUCUUCCCGUCCCGACCGGCCUCGAGCUCGGGACAGACCCAAACCGCGACGCCGGCCACGGCCCAAAGAGCCCGGCGAGACGACGCGGAGGUCCAGAUCUGCGCCAGCCCAGAGCAGCCCGGCCGUCCCCCAGCCGCCGGCCCAUACGGCGCACCACGAAGGCUUCCUUUUCCGCAAGCUGGACAUCGAGAGCCUGAAGAAGAGCACCAAUAGCAGGUCAUGGGUCAACCUGUACUGCGUGCUGAACAAAGGGGAGCUGGGUUUCUACAAGGACGCCAAGAACACCAGCACGUCCUACAACAACGAGCCGCUGCUCAACCUCUCCCACUGCCACUGCGACGUCACCAACGGCUACAAGAAGAAGAAGAACGUCUUCACGCUCAAAACGAAGGACGGCAGCGAGUUUUUGUUUCAUGCAAAAGAUGAGGAGGACCUCAAAGCGUGGGUGACCAACAUCACCGCCAGUAUUUCAGAGCACGAGGAGAUUGCCAAAUGGGGUCAUCCCCAACCAACUACCUCAUCCACUGACGAGGGUACGCGCCGCGACGGCAGCAAGGUGGACAACAGGUCGGAGCGCGGUGGCGAGCGCUCAGACCGGGCUGACCGAAUCGAGCGGGCCGACAAGGAGAAGGAGAAGGAGAAGGAAAAGGAGAGGGAGAAGGAAAAGGAGAGGGAGAAGGAAAAGGAGAGGGAGAGAGGGGAACGGUCGGAAAGAUCGGAUCGGGCUGGGAAGUCGGACGCAAAACGAUCAGAAAAGUCCAGUAAGAAAAAAUGAGCCUGGAUGGGAGCUGGGAUUGAAGCUUACAGGAUGAACUCCGGAUGGGAGGCGGGGCCAUAAACUGGUUGUGAACAGCCCCCCCCCCCCUCCUUCUGUUCGCCUCCAACACCGUCAACAAAGCGGUUGCGUUUGGAUGGAAAUGGAAGGAUUGACCCAGGCUCUCUCAUAGGACGGAUCUGAUCUGGAGCAGGAGACAUCGCUCUCUCUAUCUGUCUCUCUCUUCUGUGUCUCUGUGAGAACACACAGAGCCACUGACGCCCCCUGCUGGCUGUUUCAGAGAACUGCCUGAGAACAGGGUGGCGGUUUGUGCUGCUGAGCCCGGGCAGCGUUAACGCGAGAGAGAGAGAGAGACGGGACGCGCAUCACGUUAACGGGAAGGCUGACGAUCAAACGUAGCUCACACUGUUCCACGUUUGUUUUUUCUAUGAGAUGAGCUCUGUCUGUAUGUAUUUCCUGUCUGUCCUAUCUACUGUAUCUAACUGUCUGUAAGUCGGGACAUCCUACGCUAUGUCUUAUUACUCCUUGGAAACAGAAAGAGAAUGAAAUUAGGCCAAAAUGUUUUACAGACCUUCUUCUAUUUUCUCCAUUUUCUCCCAUCAGUCUGGAGGUCUGGACAUGAAAAAAAUGUGGAAAUUAAUCUGGUUUUCCUUAAAUAACCAACUGCACUGUAAACACAUUCACACACUUUCCCUGGAUGAAGCAGCACUGAUCAUCGGUUACGUGCUGACUCUCGGAAAGUGGUUUAAGAGAAGAGAAGAGUAGAUGGCUGUCUUCAAAACGUUAUCACGCAUACAAUAAAGAAGAAGCAGCAGAGAAAUUAAUAGAAAUACAGCAAAAAGCUUAAAAUCAAGAUCAGAGUCCUGAAAUUCUCUGGAAAUAUUAUUUUUAAUUGUGAAGUCUGCCCGGGGCAAACAGAGCAGGUUCUCUCGGGUCGAAUUUUAUUUUAGGAUUAUAGAUUUUUUUUUAGUAAAGCAGGGCAGUCGGUGUUUACCCUGUAACAUGUAGACUACAGUAGACUACAGGACCAGUCUGGGCUUCCAGUUUAAAAGUCAGCUGUGUCCUUAGAGCAGAGAUAAGAACUCUCCUUCCCAUUGGCCUCAUUCAUUAAAGUGUUUUUAAAACAGUUUUAAUUUCUGUCGUGCAUAUAUUUCUACGAUGGUAAAUGCUCGUAUUAAACUCAGACAGGGAGAUCAGUGGAUGUGUAAGUAAUCCCUGUGAACCAAGAGCUUAAUGUCCGGCUCCAGUUUUGUUUCUAUUCUUGGCUUUGUAUGAUUAUAGGGGGGAAUAUUUCUAAUGUAGUCAUUUCAGGCACACUGCUUUGAAAAAGAGGCCCCUCCCACCUGCUGUCCAAACCUUUAAGUUUGCGAGGGGCAGCCAAUCAGAAGCCUUGGAAGAGAGAGGAACUGUGGAUCAUCCAAAGCUCCUCCAGUAAAGUCCAACAAUAAUAUUUGGAGCUGGUAUCAGCAUCAUAGGUCCACUUAAAUUAAUGGAUAAAACUGGGGAAAAAAAUAUGUAUUUACUCAUGAUAUUUCUAAUAAAAUGAUGAAAUUCAUGGUUACCUGCUUGUUUUACCAUCACGAUCAGUUUUCCAUGCUUUGGUCAUAAGCACAAAAUCUGCAUCUGUUUUUAAUGAAUGAAGCCUUCAGGGAUGAAAACAGGCCUCAUCUACUCUUUUAUUCUCUUACGUCAUCAAAACACUGGAUUUACUGACUCACAAAUUUUAUACAGAGGUUAAAAUCGUGUGUGUGUGUGUGUGUGUGUGUGUGUGUGCUGCUGCUCUCCGCUCCCAGGGUCUCCAUAGCUCUCAGGUUAUUUGUGUUGUUGUGCGCUCACCGUGUGCUUCACACUUGUCAGUAUGUCCGUCCCCUCAGAUGCCGCCUCAGUCUUCCAGAUACAGUACGUCCCAUUCACAACACACACCCCACACACACACAUCUGUACUUCUAUCUUUGUGAUGCUGCAUUCCCUGCCCCCUCACCUUAAACAUCACGUGAUACGUCCGACCCUGACCCUGACCCUGACCCUUUCAAAGUGUCUUUCAGAGUGAGGACCUGCAAAUAUGUCCUCGCUCACAAGGUGUAAAACCCGUCCUUACAAAGAUAGACUUACAUCGUCUCACACACAUCAGGUUUCAAAUGCUAGAGGUUAUAAACGAGGCUUAUAGGUCAUCAGAUGGAAACGACUGAAGUGAUAAGUGGACAAAAAAGCGAAUAAGCUGGCACAGCAGUGAGUCGGGAUAUCACGCUGACAUUCAGCUCUCUGUAGGUGAGAGGUUGCAUGCUUUUCUUGGAGAGAUAUCACUCAUUGAAAGAAGCUCGUCUUUGCAGUUUGGCAUCAUCGAAUGAGUGUAUGUUUUAUUUCAUGUAAACGCACCACAAAGCCAUAAACGACAGGAAAACGGGGAUGAUCGCAGUUCGAAAUGCAGCCGGGGAUCUUUGCCCUGUUACAUGCAUCCGGGCCAGAUUGCAUUUAAAAUCCUUUUAAAGUAUGAAUGCUGUUAUUAUCACUGCUACUGUAUCAAAACUCUUCUCAUUCCAGCUCCGGUGUUUUUGAUGCUUUCUCUUAGAGUCCAGCUCACAUUUAUUUGCAUAAGUUUAUCUGCAGCUCUGAAAAUCACUUCAGGAACAAACAGAAACCAAAAGGUGUUAUUUGUUUGAAGGUGGCUUUGCUGUCUCCUCUGCAGCUCCUGAUGCUGGAGGCACGUUGGCCUAAAAGGCCUUCAGCCAGACAGAGCUGGUCAGAAACCAUGAUCUUUAACUGAGCAGUUCUGUGGCCUGAAACAAACCAAACUGCAGCUUCUAAACUUGAAAUAUUAUAAGAGAAAAAACUGGAGGACAGAAACCACAAGAUCGUGGUUGUUUAUGUCCUUCUGUUUGCCAGCAGCAGCCAAUCAAAAGAAAGCAGGACUAAAGAGAGGGUGGGCUUAAAGGGAGAAGAGCUACGACAGGAACUGCAGGGCUGCACCAGAGUCCAAGAGUAAAAAUAAGGAGCUGGAAGUGAGCUUAACAGGUUGUCUUUAAUGAAAGCGUCCCUCCCACCUCACCGCGGCUGUGCAGAGCUUUUGAAUGUGGCCUUUUGGGGGCUUUCAGUUUGGUCCUGUCUGGUUUUAAACUCGGCCUCUCUGUUUCUGCCGCCAGCUCAUCAAAGACACAUCACUCCAAUAUUUUUUAGUUUGUUAAAUUAAAAACAGUCUUUUAUCUUCUCAAACAUGAAUGAGUUUUAUUUCUGUCGGGCUCUACAAGGAAAAUAUUAAAUAUUCACCUGUAAUUUCCAGCUCAUUUCUCCUCCAUGCAUCCACGUUUUCCAGGAUAGAGUUAAUAUUUAAGGCUUGUAAAUGAUAAGAUCAUCAGUGUUAUGGCAUCUGGCUGUUUGUGCUUAUUUUUUUUAGGUUUUCAUUGUUGAUUUUUAAAUUCUCUGCUGACCUACAGAUCUGGUUUCUGUUUCUCAUAAAAUGCGUCUUAAGAACUGAAUUAUGUGUGAAUGCCACAUCCAUGCACGUCAGACACAGCGAGCGCAGCUGGCUGAUUAUCAAAAUAAACCACCACGCUUUGUUUCUGUUGGUACACACAGAGCAGAGCGUGUGGGGCGCGGUGAACCCGCUACCAAAUUUAAAUCAUUUUACGCUCUGAUAGCGGGGUUAGCAGAUAAUCUGUGAAAGUUUAACACCAUCACAGACCGGAGGUCAGCGUGUGCUGAGCCCUGCCUGCCCGUCUGUCUGUUCACAUCAACCUCGUUUUGUCAGCAGAGAUGAAAUCAUGAAUAAAAUACCUUUUGGUUUGUUGUUAAUGUAUUGAAAGUGUUUUCUUUUCUCUCUGGAAAUGAAUGUAGUUGAGAGUUUUUGAGCAGAGGGAAACUGGUGCAGAUUUCCUGAUGCUGUUCAGACACUGCAGACUUUGACGUGUUGCUUCUCGUACACCAAAACCACUCAGUAGUAUGCAGUAAUACAAAGUCUAUGAGGGCGUGUUCAGGGAUUAAUGUUGCUGAUGAUGGUGAGGAUGAUGUUUGUGAAAAUGAUGAUGUCGUCCAUGGUAGCACUGGAACUUUAUGCAACUUUUUCUUUGCACUAGGACGCUGGCCUGUUGCAGGGCUGAGGGCUGCUGUUCAGUGGUGUUGGGGAUCCAGCAGAGGGACGUCACAUCCCGACAGGUUAACACUGGGAAGUAGGAAGUGCUUUGAAAAGGGCAUGAAACUUUUUUCUCUCCAUGGUCUGCAUGGUUGGUUUACAGCCCAUGAACAUUUACAAGGCAGGAAGUUUAUGCAAGAGCUAAAACCUUUAACUGAACAAACUUAAUUAAUAAUCAGUUCAUUGUUCAGGUGAGUGCUCUCAGACUUUCUCCACAAAGCUGGCCUUUGUAGAGAGACACUACUUUUCUUAUACUAGAUUUUAACAUGGAGACAUAAGUUCAGUGUGACAUUACUGCAAAAACAAAGAAGACACUGAAGUCUUGGAUUCAUACUGUCAGAAACUAAAAUAGACUGUAAAUAGCAGAUGGACUUAGCCACAGUGAUGUCAGCCACCGGUGGGCGGAGCGCUAACAUGAAGCCUGAAGGUGUUUUUCACCUUUGUGAUUUUAGCAUGCUCAUUGGCUAACGCCCACCAUGUAUUGUGUCAUAUUAAAUAAAUGUUAAAAAUAGUGAUUGAGCCUAUAAUCCUAUCAGGAAAGUGUUUAUUGAGAUCAAAGCGCAUUGAAGUGGAGUCGCCCUCUGCUGGCCAUCAACGAGAAUGCAGGUUUAAGACACCUCUGCACUGACUUCACGUUUCAAACCCAGAGGCGACGUCCAUUUUUAAUGUAGUCUGUUACCCGCCACGGACAAGCCUUUCUUUCUUUUGGAGCUUCACUGCACCGUUCUGUUAUAACUGUGGGGCCCCCAGUUUGGGAACCUCUGGUUUAAGUCUCUGUAUAACCAAAAACUCCCAUGAUGCUUCAGUUCCAGUUUCUUAAAUGUUAAGAUUUGCUGUUUUUGCAAAGGGGCUGCAAAACACAAGCUGCUCUGUUUCCAUUUCAGGAGUGGUGAAAAGUCGCAGCUGCCUCUCAUUUGUACAUCGAAGUGGUCUAAACCAUUUUACGCUGUGAGCCACACACAGCCCAUGUUGAUCUGAAGUCGGCCGGACCAGUGAAAAUCCCCUUUCUGUCAGUCUAAAGAAGUUUUACUACACAUUUAAUCCCUGAGAUACCUCCAUA